CCAUCGUGACUGGAGCACCCAGAGGAACAUUCACUUCACUGACUGCGAGAGGACGAUUCACCGUUCAGUUCCAUGUUCCAUAUGCAGCGCAUCUUCACGUUGGGGCUUUGUUCGUGGCUGGCGUGCAGUGUACUCGGCGCCGUCGGCCUUCCUCACGACCACCUUGCUCACCUCAGUACGACGUCGGACGGACUCAUUACUUGUCUCUCCGAGCACGGAUCCGACGGUUUACAGAAGGCGAUCCAGCUUGCACCAUGUACCCUGCUCUACACCUUCGCGUCGUGGAGCGCCCAUGCCCGGCACUUCAUACAUGAACGAGAAAAGCUCCAGAAAGUCGCUCGCCAGUACAUGCAAGCUAUCGAGUCGAAGCGCCUUGCCAUUGUUGCAGCAUCAAUAGAAGCACCUCCGGCGGAAGGGAACGAGCAGUGGCAGUAUAUCGUGGAUGGAAGUUACUGGGGUUCGCUGGCCAUGUUUUCCGACUCUUUACCCGAGAGCAAGGCCGCUGUUGACCCAGCCGGCGGGAAUAUCACACUGGUCAUCGAUACUUGUCUAGCCAGGUCAGAUCAUUCUGCACCGGCUACUGAGUCGACGACACCCAAAGACGAGUUGUAACGAGCAGAACGCCGACGCCGUCAGAUGCUCGAAUAUACGUGGUAGGCGGUGGCAUUGGCAGGACGUUCAGACGUCCUUAUCCUGAAGUUGCCUGGCAGUUGCCACACCAUUCCUUUUGAUACAUGCGAAAGAUAUAAAUCAUAGGACUUUGGUAUCCACAAAGUUUGUGCUCGUUGUUAUCUUCCUAUCAGUACGUUCCGCGGGCCAGCAUCAAGAGUGUAUCCUAAUCGUAA